UCGAGUGUCGCAUGUGUCCACUGUCCAGUGCAGCUUCAAACUGCUGCUGGCCCGUGGACGUGCACGCGUGGACAUGGGGUGGCAGGAGCCUAGAUUCUUUGCAAAGACGGAAUCCAGUUCACAACCGAAAUUAUUUCGAAUCACUAAGCUUGGAAGACCAGGUUGAUUGAGGCUUCGAUGCCCAUUUCAACGGUAGUGAACGAAGACUUCGCUGGAAAAUAGUAGAUCUACUGGUGGCGGGGAUUGCAUGGCCGACUCGACAAGAAUGCACUUCACUAUAGGUCCUCAAGCAAAAGUUGGUGCUUUGUUUCUUGGAACUAACCAUGAAGUGUCGACUGGUGCAGCAAACUCUGGACAAGGUCCAAGGCCAUCAUUGCAUCAUCAAGUGAGACAAGAAUCGGUUACCAGCAGCAUUGGUGAAGAAGUUAGACCAUCAGCAACGAGUUUUGAGUUCCAUGGAACCGCUGUAGUGUGUCUAGUCGGGCAGGAUACCUCUGCCAGUGACACACUCCUGGAGAGUGCAGUCCAUGAAGUCUUGAAGUCGCCACAAGUCACAAACACAUUACCAGGUACAAAUACCACCCGUGGAGUAUGUAGUAUUGAUGCCUGUGCUGAAUCCAUCACUCUGCCUGAGCCACAGCUGAACAGUGAACACCAUGCCAGCAGGCCCGUUAUUGCCCUCAGCCCCACGUCACCAAAUAUCACAACGCCGCACACUUCGCAGCCCGUUGAGCCUAGCGCACCUGCCUCUCUAAGCUAUGCAGUAGCAGACAAUCUUGCUGGAGCACAUGUACAGACCCGCGUAGCCGCAGUAGUGGCAGAGGCACCCGUUACAUCUUGCAUACCCAUUGCAGAUACAGCUGACCCGCCCGAUUCAGUGGACAUUGUCUAUCGCGAUCAAGUGCGAAGAACUCAACUCAAGUCCUAGCAACUACUUCAGUAGGCGCGCUGAUAGUUUUCGUUCAUAUCCUCCAUGUUCUGUAUUCCACACAUCCUUGUUGAAUCAUGUUUACAGUCUUGCAAAUUUCUACUCGUCUGACAGUGGAUAUGCUCAUUGAUAUUUUAUGAUAGUUUCAAGUUAUGUGGUCUUCAUGGUAUCGAUUCCUAUGCACGAGGAAUUCACCACCUGUCAGUGGAAGAGUAGUGAACGCUGAUGUUCACUGUCCUUACACUUGAUGUUGGCUUGACACCACGUGCGAUGCUUUAUUUGAGCCACAGCAAAUGUGACAACACACUAUUAGUGUCUUGAUUUAAGUUUUGGUAAAAAAUCAGAUGCAAUGUUUCAUGAGUACUUCCCUAUGGAUUGAUCUGUACACUGACUCGGUGUACGCACAGAUUUAUACUGCUGCCAUAUUUUAUCCUUGAGCAGAGAGAGAGAGAGAAAGAGAGAGAGAGAGAGAGAGAGAGAGAGAGAGAGAGAGAGAGAGAGAGAGAGAGAGAGAGAGAGAGAGAGAGAGAGAGAGAGAGAGAGAGAGAGAGAGAGGGAGAGAGAUUUGAUUUUACACAGCAGGGUCAGAUGUCUAUCAUAUUCCCUGUGUAUCCAUUGUCAGUUCUUGAACUUGCCACGCUCACACGGCAUUGCGUGACCAUAGCAGUCAAACACAACGUGUUAUCAUGUACCUGUAAUUCAGUCAAGCUAAAAUCGGUAUGAAAAUCAUUUAGUGAUAUUAGUAACAUGUACUUCAAGUAGCAGAUUUCAAGUUCCAUGUUGCUGCCAUGUUUCUACACAAUGUCAAUAAUCAUUGGUCUGUGGCAGUUGUGUACUUUGAAAUUUAGUACAUGUACAGUG